GUCCAGUGGUAAGGCUACUAAGCUUUGCUGUGCCUGAUUCAGUUCAAGUUCUCUCCGUCGACUAUCUAUCUACUGGGUAACUUUCGUUGUGAUAAUUAGUAUCCUCCCCACCAACUCCUGCAUCAUACAUAGGCUGCUGCGACGGACGCCGUACUUGCGCCCGACUUGUGCUCUAGGAUUCGCCCGCGCUGACUUGGCUUCACUCAUCCCUACAACAUCGCCGGAUCUCCCCCCGAGCUUUCAUCUUCUCCUUCCAAUUCGUUCUUACUCGCACCCUCACCACUCCCAAAUCUAUCUAUCUUCCUGUGGGAUCUCUCCCCACUUAGUCCAUGGGCUCUAGGGUCACUUCUACUUUUGUUAACGUCGCAUCCCCCGCCACUCGGAGUCCAUGACAUCGCCCGGAGAUGCUGCUCCGGUCAAGCCUCCGCCGUCAUUCUCGCCCGGCGUUCCACGUGUCGCAUCUAAGUCGAGAUAUCCAAAUCAGCGCCGCGACUCGUCGCCGUCCCUGGAUGCAGACCUGGUAGACUCGAGAAUCCGGUCUCCGACCCCGCCCCUGACCGCCACGACGUCUGAUCUCCCGAUCAGGUCCGCAUCGCCCCGUGCCCCUUCAUUUCGGUCGUCGACGCCCCAAUUGGCCCGAUCAUCCCUAGGAUCCCCGGUGGAAGGUCGAUUCGAUGGUGCAGAGGAAAUCCGAUCGCUAGUCAUACGCUCGUUCUCCCCUGUGGUCGGUGUCUACGCAUCAGCUGACACCGAUGAGUUGGUACGACAGAAAGGCUUUGCCGGUGGCUUCUGGGAGUUGAUACGUCCGUUCGGCGAGAACGUCCCUGGGAAGAUCGUCAUCCGAGACAGUGUGGGGGCAAGUCGUGGCUGGGAAGACUACGCGGUUCGCUUUGUGGAUUUGGCUGGCAAUAGCUUGACCCCUAACGAGUCGAGCGCGGGGCGAAGCGCCUCCUUAGCACAGGUGGAGGAUGUGUUGGAGAAGCAACUGGGCUCGACUGACGAUCCGCUGGGCGGAUCGUUGCGCCCAAAAGAUUUCUUGAACUUCCCUACAACAUCUCCAUUAUAUAAAUUAUUCCUACGACAACUACUAUCGAUACCAUCGGCCACGCCGCAUGAGACAUUCCGGCAUCCAGUGGCAAGUGUUAUCGCCAUUAGUUCGCGCAAUACCGCACCGCUGGAGACUCUGAGGCAAUUGUACGCAGACACAAGCAAUGGAGCCAGGAGGCUGCCAGAUUGGUGUCAUACGGAAUACCUCCGGUACUAUGUUCUUGUUCAUGAUGAGGAUCGGGAUGAUAUUGCGGAAUCGACCAAGUUAUAUGACCAAAUGAAACGCCAUUUUGGGUUACAUUGUCACCUGUUGAGGCUUCGUAGCAAUCAAUGCGUGGUUACCGAUGACGACAGUGUUCAAGUACCCGACUGCGAAUGGCUCUCGCCUUCUGAACGACUUUCUGGCCGAGCCGAGCCCUUGGUGGACUUGGAUACCAGCGGUUUUUGCCUCUUCGAUUCAGAUAUCAUGGCGAUCAAGGCGUUCAUCCGCGAACUGGUAGCCCAGUCCGUCAUACCGUUUAUGGAAAACCGGGUCGCUGUCUGGAACGACCAGGUGGCCUCCCGUAGGCGUGGUAUAAGUGGGCGAUUCAUGUCAAUGUCACGCAGAUGGGCUGGCUUUGGAUCUAGUUCACGCUCCAGUCUCACGGCUGGGGGAGCUAGCGGAAACUACGAUGUCGCGCAUGGCUACUACAGACCGGAUGUCCCUGAAGCUGUGCUGCGCAAAAUGGCUGACUUUGCAUUCAUGCUCCGGGACUGGAAGUUAUCAGCGUCUACAUAUGAGCUCCUUCGCUCCGACUACGCGAACGACAAAGCAUGGAAAUAUCACGCCGGUGCCUACGAGAUGUGCGCCGUAAGCAUGCUGUUAAAUCCAUCAGCAAUGGGAACAAAGAUGAAGCUCGAUGGAAUUGACCAGAUGUUUGACACUGCCUGCUAUUCGUAUCUCACGAGGUGUUCGGAUACGCCGAAUGCUCUCCGGUGUCUUACGUUGGCCAUGGAGCUAUUGAAGUCCCGCGGAGGUUCGGCAGUGGAAAGCGCCGCUCGAUGGGCCAUGCGGGCCAUGGACCUUGGGUUAGUCGGCUCCAUCGGCCAGGGCCUCUUCAGUGAACGGGUAUCGGCAUGCUAUGCCGCAAGGGCGCCAGUGAGCGGAUUGAAAUGGGGUUCUCGACGCAGAAAAGCAGGAAUGUGGAGUGUCUUCGCUGCUGACAUGUGGCUUCGCCUUGGGAAGCCGUCGCUAGCAUCAGCAGCGCUCGAGGAGGCGGAGCGGCUAUAUGCAGAUGUGCUGGAUGCCGAUGGAACAUUCCCGAUGCCCGAGAUGCAGACCUUCUUCGACAACCUGCGACAUGCUGUCAAGGUCGAAUACCUAGAAGCCAGAGGGCUGGACACAAGAGACGAGGCAGCCACUGCCGAGGCACUCGGCACAGAAGAAACCAGCGAAAAGCUGGACAGACGCAUGAAUCGCAAAUCCUUGAUCGCCAAUCCGUUGGACUCGGGGGGUCUCGGUCCGGCACAAGGCACGAGGGAUAAUGACAAUGCAGCCAAUGACGAUUUCGAACGAGCUUAGGAUGCAAUGAGGGUCCCAAGGGCGAAUGGGGUUUAUACAACAUCAUAGACAUUUGUCAAUUUAAUGUUUCUUGUACGAAUUAUCCAC